ACCAACUGCGAGGCAAAGCGGCGUUACAGUUAAACCUCCCUCUGCACUCUUCUAUUCAGCGGUGGAGAAAAUUCAACUUUCUGAACGGCUACCACGACAUGAGUUGCACCUGAAGGUACCACAUCCUCAGUGCGCCAGAGAAAUGAACUGAGGACUGAGCAGGAGAGAGCACUCGUUUCUUGAGGACAUCGGAGAUUUAAGGAGAAACCAUGAGUUUGCAGAGGAGCCUGGGAUUGGUCGCCGUGCUGGGCUUGAUCACCUUUAUUUGUGCCUUUCAUACGACUACAGCCAUUGACAUCCCGCUGGAGGUUUUAGGUCAUGUAAACAUUGAGCAGCUGCCUACCAUCACAGCUCAGUCGCCCAGCUCUCUCAUCGCCUUCCCUUUCGACGAGAGCUUCCCCAUGACGUGCGAAGCCAAAGGGAACCCCGAGCCAGAAUUCAGAUGGACGAAGAAUGACCAGGAAUUCGACCCCUCUUUAGACCCAAGGCUGAUGAAAGAGGAGAAUUCUGGGACCUUUGUGAUACCCAAUAAUGGGAACCUUACAGAGUACCAGGGAACCUAUCGCUGUUACGCCUCAAACAGACUGGGGACCGCCAUAUCGAAGGAGAUUGAGUUCAUUGUGCCCCAUGUUCCAAAGUUUCCUAAAGAAACACUUGAUCCUCUCGAGGUGGAGGAAGGCCAGCCUUUUAUUUUACAAUGUAAUCCACCUAAAGGAAUACCUCCUCUUCAGAUCUACUGGAUGACUAUCAAUCUUCAGCACAUAGAGCAGGAUGAGAGGGUGUCUAUGGGCAUGAAUGGAGACCUUUACUUCUCUCACGCGGUGGAGAGGGACAGCAGGAGAGACUACUGCUGCUUCGCCGCCUUCCCAAGAAUACGAACCAUCGUUCAGAAGAACGCCAUGUCUGUCAUCGUGAAGACAAAAAAAAGUGACAUGAGUCCUUCCACUGCUAAUGCAAUCCAUGAGAGAAUACCCUCUCUUCUGACGCCCUCUCGUGCCAGAUCAGAGACACAGCUGGUCAAAGGAGAGGACUUGAAGUUGGAGUGUAUUGCUGAGGGAUUUCCAACUCCACAGGUUGAGUGGGUGAAGAUGGGUCAUAAACUCCCCGUUAAAGCCACACUGGAGAAUCAUGGGAAAUUGCUGAUCGUGCCGAGAGUUGAACAGGAAGACAGUGGGAAGUACAUGUGCAAGGCAAAGAACGCAAUCGGAGAAACCUACCAUUACUUCCGUGUAACAGUAGAAGAGCCUCCAGAGUGGGUGGUUGAGCCUGAGAGUCAGCUCAGUAUGAUCGGCUCAGACGUGCUCCUCAAGUGCUCUGCCAGCGGGACUCCUCAGCCGACUACAACAUGGAGGGUGAACGGUGAACUUCUGCAGGGGGCCCCUGCAGCCAACAGGAAGGCGUUUGAUGACACCAUAGUUUUACAUAACGCCAAAGCGUCUGACAGUGCAGUCUAUCAGUGUGAGGCCUCCAACAAACACGGGACCCUUCUGUCAAACGCAAACAUCAUGGUUAUGAAUCUGGCCCCUGUGAUUUUGACCAACGAGGGGGAGGAUUACACCGCUGUGGAGGGGAAGGGAGCGAUGAUGCACUGCAAGGUCUUCAGCUCUCCUCCUUCUACUAUCACUUGGAGUAAAGACGACUCCUCUGAAUCCGUGGAGGGUCUAAGGUUUACGGUUCACGACAACGGGUCGCUGGAGAUCUACAGCGCGGAGAAAGACGACAUGGGACAGUACACAUGUUUAGCUAAAAACACGGAGGGAUCGUCCGCCAUCGACGCCAUGCUCUACGUGAAAGAUCCCACUAGAAUAGUGGAGGCCCUGGAGGACUUGCAGGUCUUAAUAGGUACCACGGCGCAGCUCUCAUGCCUCGCCGAGUACGACAAGUCCUUCACCAACGACUUUGAGCUCCUGUGGGAAAAAGAUGAAAUGGAGAUAUCCCUCAACUACACUGAGAAUUUAAGAUACAUUGUGGAGAAUGGUAUUCUUCAGAUUAUCAACGUAAGCCACAGGGACCAGGGUGUCUACACAUGUGUGGCAAGAUCUCCAGUGGACCGAGACACAGCCUCAGCACUACUCAUGGUGUUAGACGUCCCUGAUGCUCCUGAGUACUUGGUGCUGUCUGAACACAAGAGCAAAAGUGUGAAACUGAAAUGGAUCCCCGGGGACGAUCACAACAGCUCCACCUCAGAGUUUAUUAUCGAGUACGAGGAAAGCCAGUGGGAGCCGGGAAGCUGGAAGGAGCUGCUCCGAGUACCUGGGAACCACAACUCGGCAGUGCCCAAACUCCACGGCCACGUAGACUAUCGCUUCCGUGUGUCUGGUGUUAACGGUGUCGGGCGGAGUCCUCCCAGCGAGCCCACAGAGAGAUACAAACCCCCGCCAGCAGCUCCUGACAAGAACCCUGAAAAUAUCAAAAUCGAAGGUCAUUUGCCACAUGAAAUGGAUAUCAACUGGGAGCCCCUGUUACCCAUUGAGCACAAUGGUCCCGGUUUGGAGUAUAAGGUGAGCUACAGGAGACAGGAGGUGGAGGAGGACUGGAAGGAACACAUGGUGAAGAGACACUCGUUUGUGGUGAAGAAUACUCCCACAUUUGUGCCCUACGAGAUCAAGAUCCAAGCGAGGAACCAUCAGGGCUGGGCCCCCGAGCCCAAGAUAGAGACCGGCUACUCAGGAGAGGACUUUCCCUCAGCUGCACCUGACGACGUAGCUGUGGAGGUGAUGAACAGCUCGGUGGUCAAGGUUAGCUGGAUGCGUGUACACAAGGACAAGUUACAUGGACAUCUGGGAGGCUACAGGGUUAACUGGUGGCGUCUGCGCAGUCUGGCCGACUCAAAGAAAAGUCACGGAAACAAACAUUCGUUGACGUUCCCCGGGGACAGAAACCACAGCGUGGUGUCGGGACUGACGCCCUUCUCUGAGUACAGCCUCAUCGUCAUGACUUUCAACGGGCGGGGCAACGGCCCCGGCAGCCAUCCCCUCAACUUCAAAACCCCAGAGGGAGUCCCUGAGAAAAAUCCUGUUUUCGGGGUCACAGAUGUACAGAAGCACACCGUCUCCCUGGCCUGGGCCCCGCCAUUGGACCCUAAUGGGAUUCUCACCGGGUACAUCCUCGAGUUUCAGCUCAUCAACGACACAGAUGAAGUGGGCCCGCUGCAGACGGUAGACAUCAGCAACCCCGACACCACCAAGUGGAUCCUGCGCGACUUAGAGCCCGUGAGCAAAUACAAGUUGUACCUGCGCUCCUGCACUACGGUGGGCUGCGGGCCCAUUGUCAGCGAGGAGUGCACCACGACCCUAGAAACAAGGCUCGCCAGCAUCCACGGAGGAAUAUCCACCCAGGGCUGGUUCAUCGGCCUGAUGUGUGCCAUCGCUCUCCUCACACUCAUUGUGCUGAUCGCCUGCUUUGUCAACAGAAAUAAAGGAGGGAAGUAUUCUGUCAAAGAAAAAGAGGACCUCCACCCAGACGUGGAGUCCCAGGGCAUGAAUGACGACACAUUUUGUGAAUACAGUGACAACGACGAGAAGCCACUGAAGGGCAGCCAACACUCGCUGAGCAGAGAGAUCAAAGCCGGGGACAGCGGGGACAGCCUGGUGGACUACGGCGACGAGGACGUUCAGUUCAACGAGGAUGGCUCCUUCAUCGGUGAGUACGCCGGGCGAAAGAGGGCGUCCGCUGAGAUCAAAGCCACCGUACAGACCCCGGCAUGAGGAGCACCACCGCCGCCUUCAAUCCUCUCCCCGGACAACGUUUUCAUGAAACCUGCAAGGAGGAACAAAAUGUAAAGAGGAAACAGACAUUAUCCAUACCGAGCACAAAGUUUUGUGUCAAAUGUAAUGCGUCAUUGCCAACUGCACACUGCCACCCUCAUUUUAUAAAGCUCUGUUUUGUCAAGUUGCAACAGAAUGACCAUUACUAAAUACUGUGUAUAUAUAGUGUAUAUUGUAUGUGCGGAGUGUCUUUUUAUAAUUAUUAUUACACAAAAAACGUAGAAGGCUUGGAUUUUCUUUUCUUUUUUAUCUGCAUUACUUCAGCUGCAGCACUGUUUGUACAACUGUUAGGGAAACGUCACUCUCCAUUGCACAUCAUUAUAUGAUAUCAUCUUGUAGCUGACCACACAUGAGUGGGAAUAUCAAGGUGAUAUUUUUAAAUUGAAGCAAAUAUUACUGACCUUUUAUAUUUGAAAUUGAUGCAUUAAAUAUGAUGUGAGAUGUGUAUAAAGGUUGCUUAUUAACUUAUUUUAUCCAGUGGUUUUAUACCUGACAAAAUAACGAGGAACUUUACAUAUCAUAAACAGUGAUUCUUGAGUCAUGAAGCUCCCUGUGAUGUUAGAAGAAAAUAAAAUGUAGCCAUUAUAUCUUGUUUAGCAUUUAGAUCCAUUGAACAGACCGUAUUCAUGACAAACCUCAGUCUGUGUUUACUGCCCCAUACACUGCCAGAACAGAUAUGGAAGAGAUAUUCAAAAAUGUAAUCCAUUACACUAGAAAUGGUUGUAAAACCCAGUCGUUCACUUUUUUAUCAGAAUUUGUAUUAAAAAGUGCAAUUGCAGUUGAAUCCAGUUAAUAGACGACCAAUUUUACAAUGCUGCUGUUGCCAAUAGCAAAUAUUUUAAACAAAAUGAAUCUUAAAAACAUGAUUUACUUAUAAAGUAGCCACAUAAUCUUUAGAGGAACAGUUUGACAUUUUCAGAACAUUUAUUCCACUCAUGUCAAAUAUGAAACUCCAGCCAGUUAGCGUAUGUUAGCAUAAAGACUGGAAACGGUUGUCCAAAAGGGAACAAAAUCUGUCUGAUUGAUCUAUAAUAAUACAAAUAUAGUUCCCAAAAACAUCAACCUAUUCCUUCAAAGCAGCAGUCAAGUGAUUGUUGUACUUCCAUAAUGUUCCAUAAUGUUGGGGGACUUGUGCAUUUAAAAACAUGGUAAAAAUAGAAGCAGGCCCUAGUGUGGGUCAAGCUCCAGAAAUGCUCGAUCCUACACUUCCCAUAAUCCAUGUCUCUUUCAUAAGAAAGAUGCUGUCGGAUAAUGCCCGAGCCUUUUCAAUUUUCACGCAGUAAAAUGCCACGAUCAAUAAACAGAUUUUUAUGUGUGAAUUGGUGGAGUGCCUCUUUAAGAAGAAAGUGCACAGAACAUGUAAUGCAUUAUAGACUUGUUAUGUUUUGUUUUGUACUCAGAUUACUGUAGUCUCUGCGGAGAUACAAUGGACACUAUUCAGUCUUAACAAGCUUUACUCUGUUACUGUCAAUGUACUGCCAUCAAAACACAACAUCAUGUCGUCCAACAUUAACAUUAGCACCAUGAUCUGAACAUUUGCAAUGUUUUGUAAAGAAUUCAGCCAUUGCAUGUUAAGAAUGUUAAUUGGUGUUUUUCAAUGUCAUUAAAUUGCUUUACUUUCUUACAUCCUGGUUAUGGACUGACUGCCUGUUUGGUUAUCACAAAUGGAUUAUUAUUAUUACUAUUGUUGUUGAUACCUGCAGUACUGUUUGUAUGCCCCCAUACAUAAAUCUCUGCCUUUACCUCCACUCAGCAGUAAAACAUGAUGUUUGACAAAUUGUU